AUGUACUGUAUGCGUCAGAAACAGCAGCCUGACAAGACGUGGAGGCCAGGGAACCAAUCCAGCUUCUGUCUAAAUCCUCUGCCCUGUGAGGGGGACUUCUGGGGCCCUCACUGCACAAACCGCUGCCAGUGUCGAAAUGGAGCCAAGUGUAACCCCAUCACUGGAACGUGCGCAUGUACCGAGGGCUACCAUGGGUGGCGCUGUGACGAGCACUGCGACGCCCUGCAUUAUGGGAAAGAUUGUCUUCUGGAGUGCAGCUGUGAAAAUGGAGCCACGUGUCAUCAUCAGAGUGGGGAGUGUUUGUGCGCGCCAGGAUACACAGGGAGCUACUGUGAGGAGCCCUGUCCUCCUGGUAAACAUGGGUCCCUGUGCGAACAGCGAUGCCCCUGUCAGAACGGAGGCUCCUGUCAUCACGUCAGUGGCUUGUGCUCCUGUCCUCCUGGAUGGAUGGGCCCGGUGUGUGCUCAGCCCUGUCCCUUUGGUCUGUUUGGGGUGGAGUGCUUGGAGGAGUGUGUGUGUCGGAACGGAGGCCUCUGUGACCACAUCAGUGGUCAAUGUCAGUGCACCGCCGGCUUCAUCGGAGACAGGUGUCAGGAGCAGUGUCCGCUCGGCGCUUACGGCCCGCAGUGCGCGCACAAAUGCGAUUGUCAGAAUGGCGCACGCUGCUUCCACACAAACGGGGCAUGCCUCUGCGAUGAGGGCUACAAGGGCCCGAGCUGCCAGGACCGCUACUGCCCCCCGGGGAUCUACGGGCUGCUGUGCGACAGGGACUGCCCCUGCAACUCCACCAACACCAUCAGUUGCCACCCGCUCUCUGGAGAGUGUCUGUGUGCCGCGGGAUGGACUGGACUCUUCUGUAACGACACGUGCUCCUCUGGAUACUUCGGAGAGAGCUGCAGAGAGCUGUGCCGCUGUGACAAUGGGGCUGACUGUGACGGCGAGUCCGGGGCCUGCAUCUGUGCACCCGGCUUUAUCGCGAGGUGA